AUAGUCUCCACCCCUACAUCGUCCCAACCCUUUCUCUCUCACACACAGUAGACAUAUAAAAGCGUAGUAGAUAUUCUUUGGGGAUUUCACAGUUGAUAGGAGCCCACUAUUAGGUGCUUUAUUAGCAUGGGAAACAUAUGAAAUAAACAAUCACAAAUCACUCUCAUCAGUCUAAUAUCCCAGUCAUGGAGGAGGGAUACAGAAUUGACCUGGACUACAUCACGGAGCGCAUCAUCACCGUAUCCUUCCCCCAGGCAUGCCCAGACCAGACCUACCUCCAGAACCUGCGUGACAUCACACAGAUGCUCAAAUCCAAACAUGGCCACAACUACAUGGUGAUCAACCUCUCAGAGAAGAAUGAUAGCCUGACCCAGAUGAACCCCAAGGUGUUGGACACGGGCUGGCUAGACCUGCUGGCCCCGUCCAUGGAACAGAUGUGUGGUGUGUGUAAGACCAUGGAAAACUGGCUCCACUCACACACACAGCAUGUUCUGGUCAUGCACUGUCGGGGUGGACAAGGCAGAGUCGGGGUGAUGGUGGCCUCCUACAUCCACUUCAGCAGCAUAUCAACCAGUGCAGACCUGGGUCUAGACCACUUUGCCAUGAGAAGGUUCUACAACGACAAAGUAUCUUCUCUAAUGACUCCCUCGCAGAAACGGUAUGUGUGGAUGUUCAGCAGUCUGCUGAGGGGAGUUAUGAACAUGGAUCACUCUCCUCUCUUCCUCCUUUGUGUGGUUCUUCACGGCGUGCCCAACAUCAAUUCUGUGGGAGAAUGCGGUCUGUUCCUGAGAGUGUACCAGAGCCUGCAGGUCAUCUGCACUUCAGCAGUCUAUCACGUGCGAGCAGUACAGACAGACAGGGUUUACUUUGUACUGCAACCAGCUCAACUGCUGAAGGGAGACAUAAUGGUGGUGUGUUAUAAUAAAAACCACCAGACAGCCAGCCGAGAGGUCAUCUUCAGGCUCCAGUUUCACACUGGCAUUAUCCACGGUCGCCCCCUGCUUUUCCCCAAGGAAGACCUUGACACAGCUUAUAUAGAUCCCAGGUUUCCAGACGAUGGGAAAGUUGAGUUGGUGUUCUCUGAAAGUCCUGAGAAGAUGCCAGGCAGUGGUCACUGGCAAAACGGACCCUCUGUCAUCGUGGACUACGAUACCUGGGACCCCCUGGUUCGACGGGACUCCUAUGAGUACAUCUCUCCAGAAGGACUAGCUCUGCCUCGUAGCCCGGGCCCUGUCGAUGGCAACCUAUAUGCCAGAGUAAGGAAGGGAAGUAGUGACGAAGGAGCUCCGUUUCACCUGGCAACCAGCUGCCCUAUCCCCAGUGACCUUAAACUGUCAGCCAGCAAAGACUCAGGCCUCUCUAUCGCCUCCCAGAGGACCGGAGGUAUUACUGCACUGAGCCGCAGGAGAGGGCCCAGUCAGGACGAACUUAUCCAGCUCAGGCGGCUUCUAUCUGGGGUCGGCCUGGAGCCGGCUCAGCCUCAUCUGGAGGACAUGACUGACCUCCCAGCCUCCUGUAACGCAGCGAGGGAGAUGGAGGGGGACGAGGCUGGGUUAGGGCAGCCUGUGAAGGCCUCUCCUAGCGAGAGGGAGUCAGACAUCCUUUAUGAUGAUGAGGUUAGCCCCGAGGCUAGCAUUGGCUCGUUCUCCUCUGAGAGCAUACCUGAAGCCCAGGGAUUGGUCCAGAGUGGAAGUGGAUACUCCACCCCCUCCACCCAAUCGUGGGUGCAGCAGCAGCAGAUAGUCGUCAGGGGGCAGGACAGCCCUGUGGAUACACUUUCUCUGAUUGGUCCAAACACCUUGUCACUUUCAGACACGCCCAAUAGGGGGAGCAGCAGCAGAGAGUCGGUGCAGAGAGGAGUGGAGGGGGGGGUGGGGUCAGCUGUACAGACGGACAGUCACACACACGCCUCACAUACCACCCAUACACCGUUGCCCUCAGGGGAACCUUGCGGGCAGGAGGAGCUUGCCUCGUUAGCCACAGACAUUGAUGAGUCCAUCGAGCAGCUCAACCAGCUGAUCCUAGAUCUGGAUCCCACCUUCAUACCUGUUCCCACCCGACACACCCCCCUCCCCCUUGCUCUCUCCACCUCCCUCUACACCAAUGGUAACAGCCAUACGACGACACAUGCCAACGCCAGCCAAUCAGGCUGGAAGCACAGACAGGCCAGUGAUGUCACAGAUUACCCAGGAUUCUACAGUCCUGGUUGGGGCGGAGCCCAGACAUUCCAGAACGCUCCGAUCUACAGGCCCAACCUACCUCCCUCCCAGUGUGGUCGUCUCUCCAGGAUGGACAGUGUGGACUAUGAAGGACCGACUCCAGUGAUGGACAGCUAUGACAUAGUCCCGUCCACACCAGCAUUUCCUAUCUCUCCUCCAACGCCCUAUGUGAAAAGUUUCCCAGUGUUCUCUUACCUGAGGCCAGGAGAAGGACAUUGGGAGAAGAGCGGAAUAUCACAAGAUUCCCAGAGUUUCCUGGACAGUAGUAUGAACCAGACUCCAGUGUCGUCGGAAGGACAGGAGUUCCGCUCUGAAGUGUCCGUCACUACCGCCUCCUGUCAGAGAAUGUUCGGAUCCAUGCGCUCUGUAUCGUCAGGCAUCUCCUUCCCACACACAGACAGCCAAACUCCACCUCCAGUGUGGCUGGACAGGACUCCUACGUCCCUGUCUUCCCUGUCCCCUUCACCCUCUCUGUCACCCCUCAGCCUCCCCAAUUCCCACAGCUCUCCCUGGGAGGCCCCGAGGGGCCUGGAGGGGUCUGGGGACCUGAGCCGUGAUGAGAGGAACAAGGGGUACCAGAGCCAGGGGGAUUUAGCCUCUCUGCUGCUGGGGAAUGGAGGUCUGGGACUGGAGCACAGCCUGUUGAAGGCAGUGGAGGGGCUGGGGGGCAUUGAUUUAGGCCUGAACCUAGGUCUGGACCUGGGGCUUGGAGAGGGCAGACUGGGGGGACUACCACCCCUGCUGCCUGAGAAGAGGGUACCGGGGCUAGGCUUGGGUGGGUCGACGUCCCUCUCGUUCAGUGGGUUAUCCAGCCCCCACAGUGGUAGUAGUCUCAGCAUCCCCUUCCCCUCAGCCAUGACCCCUGACCCUCUCAUGACCUCUGACCAUCUCAAAGGACUCAGCGCUGGUGGUGUAGCCCCCUCGCCUGGAUCAGACCUGUUUGCCAGUAAGCAGCACACUGUGAAGUUUGUUCAGGACACAUCCAAAUUCUGGUACAAGCCUGACAUCUCCAGAGAUCAAGCUAUCACUAUACUGAAGGACAGUGAACCUGGAUCUUUUGUCGUCAGGGACAGUCACUCGUUCCGCGGAGCCUACGGAUUGGCUAUGAAGGUGGCCACACCCCCUCCCUCUGUCCUGACACAGAGCAAGAAAGUGGGAGGGGACCUGUCUAAUGAGCUGGUGAGGCACUUCCUGAUUGAGUGCACUCAGAAAGGGGUACGGCUUAAGGGCUGUCCCAACGAACCCUACUUUGGAAGUCUGACUGCAUUGGUCUUUCAACAUUCCAUCACCCCCUUGGCCCUGCCCUGCAAACUCAUCAUCCCCGACAGAGACCCUAUGGAAGAGACUAGUGAGCCAUCAACACAGUCAGCCACCAACUCUGCUGCUGAGCUACUCAAACAGGGAGCAGCCUGUAAUGUGUGGUUCCUGGGCUCAGUAGAGCUGGAGUCUCUAACAGGGUACCAGGCUGUGCAGAAGGCAGCCAGUCUGAUUCUGGCCAUGGACCCUCCUUCUACCUCCACUGUGGUCCACUUCAAAGUCUCAGCCCAGGGCAUCACCCUCACCGACAACCAGAGGAAGCUGUUCUUCAGGAGACACUACACUGUCAAUACAGUCAUAUUCUGUGCUCUUGACCCACAGGAACGCAAGUGGACAAGAGAUGGCUGCUCCUCUGCUAAGAUCUUUGGUUUUGUGGCGAGGAAGUCAAUGAAUGGGACGGAGAACGUGUGUCACCUGUUUGCUGAACACGACCCCGAACAACCCGCCAGCGCCAUCGUUAACUUUGUCUCCAAGGUGAUGAUUGGCUCACCGAAGAAAUAACACAUGCACAAAUUCACACACACACACACACACACACACACACACACACACACACACACACACACACACACACACACACACACACACACACACACACACACACACACACUGUUUGUCCUGCUGGUACAUACAGCACUAAAAUGCUGAUGUAGAAGAGAAGAUACUAAUGUGUUGCAUUAUGGGAUACUACCCGCAGAAGACAGUAGCAACAACUUUACGCUACACACCAGGGGCCUCAUUUAUAAACAUUGCGUAUACACCAAAUGUGCCCCAAAAUCUGCAUGCACCAGUUUUCAACAAAAGUUAGCAUUUAUAAAAACUUGAUGUGAGAAUGUGAUCACCUCCCUGCAAACUUUAGACCAUGCAUAUGCACAUCUGCUAGUGGCUGAAAUAUUUAUUACAAGCUGGAAAGUAAGGAUUUGUAACAUUCUGUUGACAGGUCCACAGCAAUUUGCCAGUGGUUUCUCUUUCAGAAACUGACUGACAGUCCUUUUCCAGAUACACCAUAAAUUACUGCAAAAGAUUAAAACAUCCUGCCAACACAGUAAAUAGACCGGUACUUUAUGUAAAAUAUUUGACAGUAUGGGUAUAGGUUACAGUAUUGCUGUGCAAUAGGAGCGCGACAUCAUUGCGUAUUUAAUCUCAGAGCCUAUACCAAGGCACGACAUAGAAACCCAAUAAUCUAUUGAUAAACUAAAUAUUGAACAACAAUUCUUGUUUUGCAUGCUGUGGCCUAAUGCCAAUCAUUCCAAAUUAUACCUCAAAUAAUGGGCGUUAUGGUCACCCUAAAUGGUGGAUGGAGGGCGUUUUCCAGGCAGUUUUAAUGCUCGUUCACACACAGCUGUAAAACUGUGCGUGUGCCAAAUUGAUAAAUGUCAAUAUUUCUGUAUAUGUGCAGACUUUUCAGAAAUGGGUCAUGCAGACAUCUAGUGUGAAUGUAUGCAAUGCUUAUAAAUGAGGCCCCAGAGGUGUCCUGUAGGGUGAUGUUGCCCCCUAGACACUGAUCUUGGGCUAGUUUAGCAUUUCCCCCACUAAUGGUUAAGGUUAGGAUUGGGGGAAGGGAAAUCUGAUCUCAUCCUUGAUCUGUUAGUGGGAUAAGCUUUACCCUGAAGCGCAUCGAGGACUUAAAAAAAAUACUUUAUUAAUAUAACUUUUUGUUAUCAGAGGAGGCUGAUGGGCAGAGAUCAUUGUAAUGGCUGGAAUGGACAGAACGGUAUCAAACACAUGGUUUUAUUACAAUGAGCCCGUCCUCCUUUAUCUCCGCCCACCAGCCACCACUGCUGUUUGUGUAUAUAUAGUCAGGAUGUCAUUGUAAAGGAAGGUAAUCUGUCAUGUAUGAUAUGUAUUUUUAAUUGAGACAUGUUUUUAACAAAUGUAUUUGCUGAAAUGUAAUCUAUAUGAUAUUGUCCCUCUAAUCACACAGCAUUACUAGUCUGUCUCUACCCGCCAUGCAGAGUAAAAGGCUCUCAAUGAAGAACAUGGUCACUUUUAAUCACUUCAGCCAAUCCCUCCGAACUCAUAUUAUCAAUGAAACACUAUAUACUUUACAAUCCAGUGCUUGACUUGGUGCAGAACACACCAAUAUAAACAGUACCGGCACCUAAAAGGAGUUCCGGUGUGAUUUGCCCUAACUAAAAAUGUAGCAACUCCUACAAAAAUGUGCAGCAUUAAUUAUAAUCCACAUAAUAAUGCACAUUUCCUGUUGCUGCAGGAUUAUUUUCCUGCUGUGAGAAACUGCCCCAAUUAAGAUCUUAUCUGUAGUUAGAGUUUCAGAUCAAAGCUAGACAAAACAGACCACACCAAUGAUGUGUUAAAAUCAGUGGGUGGCCAUUCUAUUAUAUCUGACCACAGAACAUCAGCUGCUAUUUUUUCCUGAUGAUUCUACGUACAUGUUGAAUUGGCUCUGUUUGAUGACACCCAAUAGACGAUCUUCUGACCACGGCCAACAUUUGUUAUUAUUGUGUCCAUCCUAGACAAAAACAAAUAUCUGUUGUCCCUUUAAAUAGAGUUUAACAGAUUUUAAAAUAUAUUUAACGUGAUGCAUUAUGUUUGAAAGAAGAAUAACUCUGAGAAGACAUGAAACCAUGCAACAUGGUGAUGUGUUGCUCUUGAGAUGACUGUUGUAGCCAUGUGAGGAAGACUGCAUCCCAAAUGGCAACCUAUUCCCUAUACUGUAUAGUGCACUAAACACACUGGACACAGAUGUCAGUUUAACGUCUAGUUGUAACAGUGUCAUUGGAUUCAGGUUAAAAGUUGGAUAAAAAAAGAACAUUGGUGUAUCCGAUUGGUGACUUUUUUCAAAUCCAAGCAGUUUUCCAUGUUGAGUCAACAUCAUCACAUUUAUUUAUUUUGUUGAAAUGACAUAGAAACAAUGUUGAUUUAAGCAGUUUGUGCCCAGUGGGAAGUAGUGCUCCUCUGGUCAGAGGUAGGGAAUAAGGUGGCAGUUGGGAUGCAGCCUAGUGCUAACCAAAGUCUCUUACUUGUCAUGUUGUUGGAGAGUUGAUGGGCUUGGUAGGGAAGAGUUUUUCAUACUCACAUGUUUCUGUGAUCCAUGUCUCCUACUUUUUGCCCCCAAAGCAUAACUUGGGCACUCAAUUGUAAAAAUGUGUAAAUUAAUGUUGUAUAGUUGGUACUGUAACAUUAUCCUCACUAACAUAUUUUCGGAAAAUAAAAAAACAGCAAUUAAUGUAUUACAUAUAUACAUUCAUCAUAUAGGGUACGGCCACAUAAAUAUGUUGUGUCCAGAACUUCCGGAUUGAGCAAAUGGUUUCUCAUCAUCUGUUGACGAUUGUUGGACAAAAAGUCCACAAAUCCUCUAUCUUUUUACAUAUACAAAUAAUUGACUUGAGUUUUUGAGCUUUUGAUAGACAAAAACAGACAAUUGAUGAAUGCAUAUAUGGUUUCAUCUGCUGUCAUACGUCUCUGUGUGGCCAGUCUUUUGAGUGUUUUUUCCAGUAGAUGGCGCUGAUCAAUCACAAGAAAAUAAACAAAUGUAGGAUGCC